AUGAUUAUCGGGCGCGCCAGUGCGGCCGAAGCGGACUACUUUGAAGGAGAUAUUUUAGGAGUUAAACUCUUUAACCAAGAAGUUCCAAUCGCCACAAUACAGAAGGCCUUCAGCGCCGAGGCCCUCGCCGCUCACGUCCCAGAAGUGCCCAGCGAAAGCAGAAGGACAGAUGACGGCAGAUUGUGCCUUUCUGCCUGCUCCCCGCAGCGGCCUGCGUGGGCUGCUGCUGCUGCUGCUGCAGCAAUCCCAGCAAAGCAUGCAGUGUACCUCUCCUGCUCCGACUCUCUCCGCCGUCCCGAGUUCAACGGCCACAUCGGGCAGAAAAUCUUAGCCCACUGCCCCCCAGACUGCCUUCAGGGGAUAGCGCCGCUGGAAGGCUGCAGAUAUUACACCUCGAAAAGCUCAGUUUGCAAGGCGGGGCUGCAUGCAGGAGCCGUGCCAAAAGAAGGAGGAAACUUGCUAGUGACGCUGGCAGCAGGGCGUGCGUCGUAUGACGCUUCACAAGGGCACUUCGGUUUCUACAGUCCUAUUUCAUCAGUUUGUCGGGCGGCUAUGCAUGCAGGAGCACUGACUAACGGCGGCGGAGAAGUUGAGUUGUUUGCCUCAGACGCAAGGCCAAAGUUUGCAGGCAGCGAAAUGAAUGGAAUCAAAUCCGAGUCCAGCGGAGGAUAUAUCCGUUCUUUCGUGUUCGUCGUGGCAUCUCCAGCCUCGAGCACCCGCAGCAGCAGCAGCUCGGGAACUGGCUAA